GAACAAAAGCGGCGCGAAUAUGGCUGCUGUGAGGAGAGGAAGAACUUCAUCAGUUCUUUCUUCUCUUCCUUUACAGGUUCUAUUUUAUGUAAAUGGAAUUUAUUAUAUCUUUUACUUCUUGGCAACUCUUGCAAUGAUUGUUUAUAAAAGUCAAGUUUUCAGUUAUCCAGAUAAUUUUUUGGCUCCUGAUCUUGCAUUGCUUUUUAUUAUGGCCAUUCUUGAAGCACUCCGGUUAUACUUGGGUUCAAAGGGUAACCUGACAGAAGAAGAGGGACCAUUAGGGCUCAGUCUUGUGAUCACAGUCGGAAGUGUCAUUCUGUCUGUCUAUUUCCUGGUGUGGCAGACUUACGUACUAAAAGCAGAUGUCAUUAUAAGUGCCAUUCUUCUCGUUACAUAUGGGCUUGAGUCAGUGCUACAGAUCAUAGCCAUUGCUGCUUUUGUCAGCUAAACCUCAGCUCUGUCUGGCAUAACAUAUUUUCCCAGCACAUUUCUUCUAUAAAUGGGUUUUUAUACUUCCGGUAUUUGGGUUGUUUGUAUAUCAAAAUCACAUAGAACUUUUCACCAGUUUAAAUUACAAACGUUUUUUGGCAGAGAUCUCCCUGAAUUGAUAAGUGAAAUAUCCCAUAUAGUUGCUCUGUAACACUGUCUCAUUAAUUAGCUUAUUUAUGGGCAAAGGCAAAAGAUGAUUCAGCAAAAAAGCUGUGAGAAUCAUUCAGCUUAAUGCUGUGGUAUUCAUUAGUAAUCUAUAUUAAAUAUUCAUUCCUAACACAGACCAAAUAGCAGCUAGUGUGUCAUCUACCUAUAUGCCUUUGAUAUUACAUUAGUUUUGAUGGCAUUUCAAUAACAUACAACUAAAGCAACGUGUAAGCGAAUCAGGCUAAUACAGUACGGACUCAUUUCUGCCUUACACUCUUGUAUCUGAGGCCACAGUUUUGUUCUAUACCUCUUCUGCUCUCAUUUGUGCUUCAGACCCCAGUGGUAAUUUCCCUGACUUUAGUAGGGCAGUACCUGAUUUAUCCCAGUGGGAGACAGUUGAACUGACUUUCGUGCAUGCACUGAGAGCUGAGCUGGUGUUUGGGCAGCCGGUUCUUACGGACACAGAGGCCAAGGGCAGUAGUGUAUGUUUGUUUGAAAGAGGAUGGCCUUAAGAUGAGCAUAAACAUUCGCAUGCUUUUCUAUGCUUUUUAAAAGUCAAAACGAAUGUUGUCAAACAUUUCUAUUCAGUAUUAAAUGUAUCAGUUUCCAUGAUUCUGCAGAAAUUACUACAUUCAAGCCUUUUCUGUUAAAUGAAUUGUGUGCAAGUAGAGAUUUUUCACUGAAUCAAAAACGCGUACAUAAUAAUGUAAAGCUUGAGGAGUUUGUGGGAUUUUUGUACAAGCAGACAGUUUUAUGUUCAGAAUUCCUUGGUUUUGUGUUUAUUUAUUCAAAUAAAUAAUGUAUUAGACC